AUGAUUGGCGGGUUAUUCGUCUAUAACCACAAAGGAGAAGUGCUGAUUUCGCGCAUUUAUCGAGAUGAUGUUACGUGAGUACUUUUAUUGAUUUUAUUUUCAAAAUUAAAUUAAAAUAAUAAAUGAAUUAUUUAUGUUCAGGAGAAACGCUGUUGAUGCAUUUCGUGUAAAUGUGAUUCAUGCAAGACAACAAGUCCGUUCGCCGGUCACAAAUAUGGCUAGAACAUCGUUUUUCCACGUGAAACGAGGAAAUGUUUGGAUUUGUGCUGUCACUCGACAAAAUGUGAAUGCGGCGAUGGUUUUCGAAUUUUUGAAAAGAUUCGCUGAUACAAUGCAAUCGUAUUUUGGAAAAUUGAACGAGGAAAAUGUCAAAAACAAUUUCGUAUUGAUUUAUGAGUUGUUAGAUGGUAUGUUUUUUUUUUAUUUUCUGCUAUGAAAUAGCGCGGGAUAGAUACUCUUGUGUGUCUUGUGCUUGUUAAAAUUCUGAUUUAAAUCAAAUGUGAUUUCAUCAUUGGGAGAGCCAAAAAUGAAUGAAUCAUCGGGCAGCACCAAUGUCCUUUUGAGUUAUCACAACAAAUUGGACAUAUUAUAAGUCCCCAUUUUGUUGGUCGGAACCUGAAAUUAGGGAUGAUAGGACCUUUUUUUCGGAAUACCCUACUUCACCCAACAAAAUGUCUCUCAGAUGUUCGCUAGUGACACAAACAUGCCGCUCUUUUUCUAGUCAUCUCUCAUUUUCAGAGAUUCUCGAUUUUGGCUAUCCUCAAAACACUGAUCCAGGAGUGCUCAAAACAUUCAUCACACAACAAGGAGUUCGUACUGCGGUGAGUGAUUUUUUUUGUUGAAAAAGUUGCAUAAAAGAAAAAAAGGAGACAUUGAACAUAGCUAAAUAUAAAUUUGAUUUAUGACUUUUAGGACACCCCAGUCCCAGUUGUAAGUUACUCGAUAUUUAUAAAUGUUGUAUUGUAUUGGUGGUUGUAUUUUUGAAUCCCCCGUUUUUUACCAAUUUCAAAUAGAGAUAUCAAAAUUUCCUCUAAAUUAAUGACACUAAUUUUUUGCAGACUAAAGAAGAGCAAUCUCAAAUCACUUCUCAAGUAACUGGUCAAAUUGGCUGGCGUCGUGAAGGUAUCAAAUAUCGUCGAAACGAGUUAUUCCUUGAUGUAAUUGAAUAUGUAAAUUUGUUGAUGAGCCAACAAGGACAAGUUUUAUCGGCACAUGUUGCUGGAAAAGUUGCGAUGAAGUCGUAUUUGAGUGGAAUGCCUGAAUGUAAAUUUGGUAUUAAUGAUAAGAUUACAAUUGAAGGAAAGACCAAAACCGCAACUGAUGAUCCAAAUAAAGCGUGAGUUUUGAUUCUAAUAAAAAGAAAAAACAUUUCAACAAUUAUUGAUUUUUUCUAGUUCUCGUGCUGCUGUUGCAAUCGAUGAUUGCCAAUUCCAUCAAUGUGUUAAAUUGACCAAAUUCGACACUGAACACGCAAUUUCAUUCAUUCCACCAGAUGGUGAAUAUGAAUUGAUGAGAUAUCGAACAACUAAAGAUAUUCAAUUGCCAUUCCGUGUUAUUCCAUUAGUUCGUGAAGUUUCGAGAAAUAAAAUGGAAGUUAAGGUAAGUAAUUAAGGGAUCAGAAUCAGCAAUCAAAUUGUUUUACAAUUAAAAAUUCCUAAAUCUGCAGGUUGUGGUCAAGUCCAACUUCAAGCCAUCAUUGUUGGCGCAAAAAAUCGAAGUUCGAAUUCCAACUCCACCAAAUACGUCUGGAGUGCAACUAAUUUGCAUGAAAGGAAAAGCAAAGUACAAGGCUGGAGAAAAUGCGAUUGUCUGGAAGUGAGUUUCUCGUUUUUCCAUCUCUUCUCCAAAAAAAAAAACAUUUUUUUUCAGGAUUAAGAGAAUGGGUGGAAUGAAAGAGAGUCAAAUCUCAGCUGAAAUUGAUUUGUUGUCAACUGGAAAUGAGAAAAAGAAAUGGAAUCGUCCGCCGGUUUCAAUGAACUUUGAAGUUCCAUUUGCUCCAUCUGGACUCAAAGUCAGAUAUUUGAAAGUUUUCGAGCCAAAACUCAAUUAUUCUGAUCAUGAUGUUAUCAAAUGGGUUAGAUAUAUUGGAAGAUCAGGAUUGUAUGAAACUAGAUGUUAG